GAGAGCUCAUCGGGCACACGGACAGGAUCUCCGGAUUCGCGUUUUGCCACUGCCCCGGGCAGGGCAGCCUCUGCGCCAGCAGCUCCGACGACGGCAGCGUCAAAGUCUGGGACACGGAGGCCCUGGCUCCCGUGGCGGAGUACAGCCUGCACCAGAACACCAUCUCGGCAUUGCACUGGUCACCCCUUGUGAAAGAUUUGAUUGUAUCUGGUGAUGAAAAAGGUAUAAUUGUUUGUUACUGGCAUAACAGAAGCGACAGCCAGCAGUUCUUCCCAGAGCCUCGGACAAUUUUUUGUCUCACUUGUUCUCCUCACCAUGAAAAUCUGGUGGCGAUUGGCUACAAGGAUGGCAUGGUGGUCAUAAUUGAUAUCAGCAAGAAAAGAGAAGUUCUUCAUCGGCUGAGAGGCCAUGACGAUGAAAUACAUUGUCUGGCAUGGUGCCCUGUGCCUGGUGAAGAAAGGUUACCUGCUUGGCAAGAUGAGCUCCAAGUUCCUUCAGAGGAAGGCAAAGUUCCAAAUGGGGAACUGACACAGGACACAGCCGUGAAGAAAGGAUGUUACCUGGCUUCAGGAAGCAAAGAUCAGACCAUACGAAUAUGGAGCUGUACUAGAGGCAGAAGUGUAAUGACUUUGAAGUUGCCACCCAUGAAGAGAAGAGGUGGAGCUGUUGAUCCUGCCAUUAAGGAGCGCAUUUGGCUGACAGUUCAUUGGCCUUCUGGUCGUUCCACAGAAAUUGUAUCCAGCUGUUUUGGAGGAGAACUGCUACUCUGGGAUUUGACCCAAUCUGGAAAACGCAAGUGGACUCUUCUAGGAUCUUCCGAAGGACAAAAUCACUCCCGCAUUGUGUUCAAUCUGAGUUCUGUGAAGCGUCAGGACAAAGAGCUCCUUUUUUCCAUUUCAAUGGACAGAGAUGUGAAGUGCUGGGACCUAUCCACUCUCGAUUGUAGCUGGACCAUGCCCUCACUUGGGGGAUUUGUGUACAGUCUUGCCUUCUCCCCUGUGGACACAGGCUGUCUUGCCAUCGGUGUUGGAGACAGCAUGAUCCGAGUGUGGAAUACUUUGUCCAUGAACAAUAUUUAUGAUGUUAAAACCUUCUGGCAAAGCAUAAAGUCCAAGGUUACAGCAUUAUCCUGGCAUCCAACUAAGGAAGGCUGCUUGGCUUUUGGAACAGAUGAUGGAAAAGUUGGCAUAUUUGACACCUUCUCCAGCAGUGCUAAGAAUAAGCCACCACAGAUCUCCAGUACUUACCACAAGAGGACUGUAUACACGUUAGCCUGGGGGCCUCCAACUCCUCCUUUGUCUCCUGGAGGAGAAGGUGAACAGCCCUCUGUAACUUUAUAUAGUUGUGCUGGAGAAGGUAUUGUUUUUCAACACAACCCCUGGAAGCUUAAUGGAGAGGCAAAUGACAUUAAUAAAGUCAUCCGAGACACUAAUUCAAUCAAACACAAACUGCCUGCGCGUACAGAGAUCAGCUGGAAACCAGAUGGCAAACUCUUGGCUCUUGGCAAUGAAGAUGGCUCAAUUGAAGUAUUUCAGGCGCCAAAUUUGAAGUUGCUCUGCACUAUCCAGCAGCAUCAUAAACUGAUUAAUGCUAUUCGUUGGCAUCAUGAGCAUGGGACCCAGCCAGAGCUGAGUUACUUGAUAGCUUCAGGCUCAAUCAAUGCUACUAUUUAUGUGCAUAAUCUGAAGAGUGUCAUAGAGAGCACUUCAGAAAGUCCUUUGACCAUAACAGAACCUUUCCGAACUCUGGCUGGGCACACAGCUAAAAUCACAAGUCUUUCUUGGAGCCCCCACCAUGAGGGAAGAUUGGUAUCUGCUUGCUAUGAUGGCACUGCACAGGUAUGGGAUGUUAUGAAGGAAGAGCCACUCUGCAACUACCGAGGGCACCAGGGCCGGCUACUCAGUGUCCAGUGGUCACCAGUGGAUUCAGAUUCUGUUUACACAGGAGCAGAUGAUUUUUCUGUUCACAAAUGGCACAUCUCAAAGCAGGAGCAUACACGGCCUCCUCAGGGCAAAAAGAGUAUAGAAUUAGAGAAAAAAAGAAGUAUGCAACCAAAAGUCAAAACCAAGAAGAAGAAAAAUCCUACAGGAAAGAGUCCAGCCAAGCAGGAUCUAAGUGAUGCCAUGAAUGGAGAUGAGAGCACGAAGGAAAUGUUGCUAGACGAAAAUGGAGUGUCGGACCAUGAAGGAGAAAAAGCAGCUCAGGAGGCAGAGUUGCCUGAUAAAGUCUCCAUGACUGUGUCCAAGGAUACAUCUUCAUCUGCAUACGAUUAUUCUUCAUUCAGCUUGCCAAAGCCUUUUUUGACCCAGAAAGCCACUCCCGUGAAAAAGGAUCCACCAAAAGAGAAACCAACUCCUGAUGCCUCUCUGAAGAAAAGGAAGCCUCGUUCUAUUCUGCCCUUCAGCACAUUCAUGGAUCACAGAUCAAAAGAUGAACUGCAUCAGGACUGCUUGAGGCUGGCUGCAUGUCUGAAAACCAAAGAUAAUAAUGAAGAUGUGUCCCCUGACCUCAAAGAUUGCCUCCACUUGGGGCUGUUCACAGACAGGGCUUCUCUGCACAAGAUGAUUGAUGUGGAAGGAAAACAUCACUUGGAGAAUGGGCAUCCAGAGCUCUUUCAGCAGCUCAUGCUGUGGAAGGGAGAUAUGAAGGGUGUCCUCCAGGCAGCUGCCGAGAGGGGAGAGCUAACAGACCAGCUGGUAGCAAUCUCGCCCAUGGUUGGAUAUCAGGCCUGGGUUUGGACAGUAGAAGCCUUUGCGAAGCAGCUGUGUUUUCAGGAGCAAUAUGUGAAGGCUGCCUCCCACCUCCUGUCCAUCCAUAAAGUGUACGAGGCUGUCGAGCUCCUGAAAGUGAACCAUUUUUACAGGGAAGCAAUUGUAAUUGCUAAGGCCAGGUUGCGUCCAGAAGACCCAAUUCUCAGGGAUCUCUACACCAGCUGGGCAGCUCUGUUAGAGAAAGAUGGUCAUUAUUCCAUGGCUGCCAAAUGUUAUUUGGGGGCUUCCUCAUCCUAUGAUGCAGUUAAGGUGUUGGCAAAAAAGGGGGAUGUGACAUCCCUUAAAACUGCUGCUGAGCUUGCACUGAUAUCUGGAGAGGAGGAGUUGUCAGCAACUUUGUCUUUCAGAUGUGCCCAAGACCUGCUGUUAUCCAGGAACUGGGUGGGAGCUCAGGAAGUCCUUCAGCAACAUAAAACUUUAUUUGGACAAAGACUUGUUUUCUGCCUUAACGAACUGCUUUGCAAGUGCCUUAGUGAAAGAAAUCCCUGUGACCGAAAAAGCCCUGUGCCUCCCUGUUAUCACAGCUGGGAGCUGAACAGAGAGGCCUCAUUUUUUGACAUGGUAAUAGAAGUGUGGCACAAUGUAUUGGGCAUGGACACCACUGAACAAGCUACGUGUGCAGAGGAGCAGCUGCGCGGUAUUAAGCAUCCUCCUUCUACCAGUAACACACACCCAAAGCAGGUGCUUUUCCAUAUCUCCCAUGACCUGACCCUUGCAGCCCUGAGCCAUCAGACUGCUACUUGGGAUGAGGCAGUGAAAAGUAUUCUUGGAGCUGUGACCCGCAGUUAUGACGCUGGUAAUUUCACUCUGAUGCAAGAGAUUUGCGGUAUCAUCCUUCCUGAAG